AAGAAGAAGAGGAAAAAGAGAAUAGAGAAAAAAAGAAAAGAAAAAAAAGAAGAGAAAAAAGAGAAAAAAAGAGAGAAGAAGGAAGAAGAGACAAGAAAAAGAAGAAAGAAGAAAAAGAAGAAAAAGAAAGAAGAAAAGAAGACAGAAGAAAAAAGAAAGAAGAAGGAAGAAGAAAAGAAAAGAAAAGAAGAAAGAGAAAGAAAAAGAAAAGAAGAAGAAAGAAGAGAAAGAAAAAGAAAGAAAAAGAAAGAAAAAGAAAAAACAGAAAAGAAAGAAGAAAAGAAGAACAAGAAAGAAGAAAAAAGAAAGAAAAAAAAGAGAAGAAAGAAAAAAGAGAAGAAAGAAAAGAAAGAAGAAGAAAAGAAAAGAAGAAGAGAAAAUAGAGAAAGAAGAAGAAGAAGAAAAAGAAAAAAAAAAGAAAAGAAGGAAGAAGAAAAAAGAAAGAAAAGAAGAAAGAAGAAAGAAAGAGAGAAGAAAGAAAAGAAAGGGGAAGAAGAAGAAAGAGAAGAAGAAGAAAGAAAAAAAAGAAAAGAAAAUAAAAAAGAAAAGAAAGAAAAAAGAAAAGAAAGAAGAAGAAGAAAAAAAGGGAAUAGAAAGGGAAAAGAAGAGAAAAAAGAAGAAAGAAGAAGAGAGAAAAGAAAAGAAAGAAAAAGAAAGAAGAAAGAAAAAAGAAGAGAAAAGAAAGAAGAAAAAGAAGAAGGAAAGAAAGAAAAAGAAAGAAAAAGAAUAGAAAAAAAAAGAAGAAAAGAAAAAAAAAAAGAAAAAGAAGAAAAAAAGGGAAAAAGAAAGAAAAGAAAAGAAAAAAAAAAAGAAGGAAGAAAGAAAAAAGAAAAAAAGAAAAAAGAAAAAAGGAAAAAAAAAGAAGAAAAAAAAAAAAGGAAAAAAGAAAAAAGGAAAAAGAAAGAGAAAAGAAAAAAAAAAAGAGAAAAAAAAAAAGGAAAAAAAAAGGAAAAGAGAGAGGAAAAAAGAGAAGAGAAAAGAGGAAAUAGAAAAAAAAAGAAAGAAAGAAAAAAGAGAAAAGAAAGAAAAGAAGAAAAAAGAAAAAGAAAAAGAAAAAAGAAAAAGAAGAAAAAAAGAGAAAGAAAGAGAAAAAAAAAGAGAAAAAAGGAAAAAGAAAAAAAGAAAAGAAAAAAAAAGAGAGAAAAAG